UCCCUCAGCCCUGGACCGCGCCUAUUCUUCAGACAUUACUGUUUAUCGCCAGGAGCUAGGAGCUGGACAUAGAGGAACAGUAGAUCUUGUGUCCAGGACUGAACCUUACGUAGACCCUAACUCUGACUGAGCCUGAGGUUUCAAGAAUCUGUUUCACUAUGAGCUAUCCACCACCACCAGGAGGAGGAGGAGGGGGAUACCCCUACCCACCCGAUGGUGGAGGGGGUUACCCCCCUCAGCCACCCCUCAAUCAGGCCUACCCACCCCCAGGACCAGGAGCGGGCUAUCCACAACCACAGACGGGCGGAGCUGCUGGGGCGUAUCCACCCCCACAGACAGGUGGAGCUUAUCCACCCCAGCCUUACCCUGGAGGAGCCGGAGGGGUGCCACCCCCAGCCUCAUACAACCCCCCACCCCCAGGGGGAAUCCAACCCCAGGGAUACCCAGGACAACCACCAUCCUACCCCACCCAGGGGCAAGUACAGUACCCACAAGCACCGGGCACUUACCCUGGUAUGGCUCCAUUGGGGUAUCCUGCCUCUGGCUCUGUUGGGUUGGUCGUCCAAGGGAAGAAGAAGAAGCAGAAGAAGCUGAAGAAACACAAGCAUAAGCGUCACUCAUCGUCUAGUUCUUCCAGCUCCUCAUCAUCGUCGUCGUCAUCGUCGAGUUCGUCGAGCAGCGACUCUGAUUGCAAAGGCCAUGGUCAUAAGGUGAAGGUGAAAAAACAUAAGAAGAAGAAGCACAAGGAUAUGUGGUGAAUUCAAAGACCUUGGGGUAUUUCACAAAGAUUUAAAUAUGACUUAGAGUCGCACUUGAGCUGUGUACGGUAUAAAUGCUUGAACGCAUUGGUCAGAUCGUGUCAUGAGGACGCACGCUACUGCAUAUCUAUCAAUAAGAUCGCACAUUGCAUAUCAUGUACGCGUCGGCAUAUAAGUGCGACUUAAGUCAUAUUUAAAUCUUUGUGAAACACCUCCCUGGGCCCCAUAACAUAAAGGUUAGUGAGUAAUUUGGAAGAGCAAUUUUGAUUGGUUCCUCAUCACUUCAUACAAUGCGUAUACUUAAAACAAUACUCUUGAUAGGCCCUUUCAUUAAAAUUGCGAUUAAUAAGCCAGUUCGUAGUUCCUUUCUGCGCAUGAUCAGAGGAAGGUCAUUUGUACUAAAGUGACAUGGCGG